CUCCUCACAGCCCUGCGUUCGCAUUGGCCGGGAGAGGUUUUCUCUGGUGCCAGACACCGGCAUGGCGGCGAUCGGUGUACACUUGGGCUGCACGUGUGCUUGUGUUGCCGUGUAUAAGGAUGGCCGUGCUGAUGUGGUGGCCAAUGAUGCAGGUGACAGAGUUACUCCUGCGGUUGUCGGGUACUUGGAGAAUGAAGUGAUUGUUGGUCUCGCAGCCAAACAGAAUCGAGUUAGAAAUGCAACAAAUACCGUGGUAAAAGUAAAGCAAAUAUUGGGAAGGAGUUCUGAUGACCCACAAGCCAAAAAACAUAUCUCGGAAAGCAAGUGUUCAGUGGUUGAAAAAGGAGGAAAACUCAGAUAUGAAAUUGACGCGGGCGAUGCUGUGAAACUUGUGAGUCCGGAAGAUGUUACUAAACUGAUCUUCAGUAAAAUGAAAGAGACUGCCCAGUCCGCUUUGGGAUCGGACGUCAAUGAUGUGGUAAUCACCGUGCCGUUUGAUUUUGGUGAAAAUCAGAAAAAAGCUCUUGGGGAAGCGGCAGUAGCAGCUGGAUUUAAUAUAUUGCGUAUGGUUCAUGAACCAUCUGCUGCUCUCUUGGCGUAUGGAAUUGGACAAGAGUCACCCACGGGUAAAAGAAAUGUCUUGGUAUACAAACUGGGAGGGACGUCCCUUUCUGUCACUAUGCUAGAAGUCAACAGCGGGAUAUAUCGAGUCCUAGCAACAAAGACUUAUGAUAACAUUGGAGGAGUAUGUUUUACAGAAGCUUUAGCUCAGUAUCUUGCAUCAGAAUUUCAGAGAUCAUACAAACAAGACAUUAAUGGAAACGCCCGAGCAAUGAUGAAACUAAUGAAUAGUGCCGAUGGGGCCAAGCAUUCUUUGUCCACCCUGGGAAGUGCCAAUUGUUUUGUGGACUCGUUGCAUGAUGGCAUUGAUUUUGACUGCAGUGUUUCAAGGGCUCGUUUUGAGCUUAUCUGUUCUGCCCUGUUCAAUCAGUGCAUUGAUCCAAUCCGAACCCUACUGGAACAAGUUGGUGUUAAAGCGACCGAUGUGAAUCAGGUAGUUUUAUGUGGUGGGUCAGCUCGCAUUCCUAAACUGCAGCAGUUAAUUCGGGAUUUAUUUCCUGAUGUGGAACUGCUCAGUAGCAUACCGCCAGAUGAGGUGAUUCCUAUUGGAGCUGCUAUACAAGCUGGAAUUCUACUGGGCAAAGAAAAUCCAUCUAUGGAAGCAGACACCAUUACUAUUGAGUGCUCUGCCAGCGACAUACUGGUUAAGGAAGCUGAUGAGUCGGGAGCUGAGAAGUUCUCCGUUUUGCUGCCAUCGGGUACCCCACUUCCCGCCCGUAGACAACACUUAUUACAAGCACCUGGAAGCUUUACCUCCGUUUGCUUGGAACUAUAUGAAUCCGUUAAAAAACCAAGUACAUCAGAAAACUCCAAAUUUGCACAAAUUGUACUUAAAGAUCUACAGAAGAAAGAUAAUGGUGUUCAUGACAUACUGACUGUACUUACAAUGAAAAGGGAUGGCUCAUUGCAUGUAACAUGCACGGACAAAGACACUGGAAGGUCAGAAAUGAUCACCCUUGAAGAUUCAUCUUAGUGCAAGGAUCAGUUAUAGACAUUGGUGGCAGUGUUGUGUACAGUCCGAAUCUAAAAAGAAACCAGCCUAUCCUUUCAUGAUUUACUUCUUCAUAGAGUCUUUGAUUUAUCCCUUUUUGUUGCUUUUCAGUACAGCAUUGUCGACAAUAUUAUAUAUGUUCAGAUCAGUCGGUAUAGCCAUCCAAAAGCAUAUCCAGUAUUUCCGUAUUCAGAGCUUCAUGCAGACCUUUAGUCUGUACGCCUCUCAUUCGCCUGGUGUGCUCGCCCAUACCGCAUAUUGACUGUUUUGUCUCAUAGAGCAUGUUUGACAUGUAAGGUGAUUAUGGUAGGUAGAAUUUAUCAAAACUGUUGCAAACGUCAAGUGGAGGAGAUGACCAUAGCGGCCAAGCCUGGUCACUGCCUUAAAGGGAUUAUCCCAUGAUCGAUGUAAAAAAUGAAAAUCAGACCUCAUCUAGUACAUGACAACCUUUUCUAACAAAGCUAGAACCAGCCCUGUACCUCACAUGGAUCCAGAGAUCUCCCCAUUCGCUGCUCCAAAUGUUCUGCUAGAUAUAUUUGAUGCUGGCAGAGGGCAUGUCCUUUCUGCUGCAUCUGGUGGCAGUCCAAAGAUGGAACUGAGCAUGUCCUUCAAUCUCAGACAGCAGGACAGACAAAUUAGAAAAAGCGCAAACAGCAGGAGGCGCUAUACAGAUAGAUUUCAUUGAAUAACUCAGUAGUUGUAAUACAUUUAAUUAGAUGCAAUUACAAAGUACUCGGCUCCAGGUGCUGGUUUCAAAAUUGUCGAAUAUUUUUUGUGGGAGGAUUUUUAGAAAUAUAAGCACUGGAAUUUGGCUGCUAGGGGUAAACACUCCAGUUCUUUGCACUAGUUUUGAUAUAUCUGCAAAAUCCACUAUAUCAAAGUAGGCUUUUACCUAUUAUUUGGCAAAUGUAUAUACAUUUGGGUUUACUGUAAUACCAUUGCAAAGUAACAUUAUAACUCCUCUACGGUUUUGAUAUAUUGUGUUGUGUUUUUUGAAUUGCAAAGCAGUACGUG